AUGAUGUGGAACAGACAUUUUGUCUUCUAUCUCCUGCUUUUGCCAGCUUUUAUGAGUCAAACAACACAUGGACAAAGAAAGAAAGGAUCAAAGUCCAAUUUACUUGCAAAGAAAAAUGACCUCCAGGGCUCUACUUGCUUCAUAGAUGUUGUCUUCAUUGUGGACAGCUCUGAAAGUUCUAAAAUUGAUCUCUUUGAUAAACAGAAAGAUUUUGUGGGUAGCUUGAGUGACAAGGUUCUCCAACUGACCCCGGUUCCCUCCUUGAAGUAUGAUAUCAAACUGGCAGCACUCCAGUUUAGCAGCUCUGUCCAAAUUGAUCCACCGUUUUCUUCUUGGAAAGAUCUGCAGACUUUUAAACAGAGGGUCAAGUCUAUGAAUUUCAUUGGGCAAGGCACCUUCUCUUAUUAUGCCAUCUCCAAUGCCACUAGUUUACUUAAGAGAGAAGGGCGUAAAGAUGGAGUGAAAGUGGCUUUGCUGAUGACUGAUGGCAUUGACCAUCCAAAGAAUCCAGAUGUCCAGAGUAUUUCUGAAGAUGCCAGAACUGCAGGAAUAUUAUUUAUCACCAUUGGACUUUCCACUGUUGUCAAUGAAGCCAAACUUCGUUUGAUAUCUGGGGAAUCAUCCAGCGAGCCCAUUCUACUGUUGAGUGAUCCAACCCUCGUAGAUAAAAUUCGAGAUCGCCUGGAUAUCUUAUUUGAAAAGAAGUGUGAACACAAGAUCUGUGAAUGUGAGAAGGGGGAUCCGGGCGACCCAGGGCCUCCUGGUACACAUGGAAACCCAGGUAUCAAAGGUGAACGAGGACCAAAAGGAAAUCCGGGUGAUGCUCAAAAAGGGGAGCCUGGAGAAAGAGGCCCAGAGGGAAUCCCUGGGUACAAGGGUGAGAAGGGUGAAAAUGGAGAAUGUGGCAAACCAGGAAUAAAAGGUGACAAAGGAUCCUUAGGGCCAUAUGGACCAAAGGGACCCAGAGGACUUCAGGGCAUUAGUGGACCUCCAGGGGAUCCAGGCCCGAAGGGAUUUCAAGGCAAUAAGGGUGAACCAGGUCCCCCUGGUCCUUAUGGUCCUCCAGGAGCCCCUGGUAUUGGACAGCAAGGAAUUAAGGGGGAAAGAGGUCAGGAAGGAAGAACAGGGCCUCCAGGACCGAUUGGCAUUGGUGAGCCAGGCCAGCCAGGUCCCCGUGGUCCUGAGGGAGCACCAGGAGAGAGGGGCUUACCGGGAGAAGGAUUUCCAGGGCCAAAGGGUGAAAAAGGCUCUGAAGGACCAAUUGGCCCACAAGGAUUGCAAGGCCUGUCAAUCAAAGGGGAUAAGGGGGAUUUGGGACCUGUGGGACCCCAAGGGCCAAUGGGCAUCCCUGGAAUUGGGAGUCAAGGGGAACAGGGAAUCCAAGGUCCUAUGGGUCCACCUGGCCCACAAGGACCCCCAGGACAAGGCUCACCUGGUUCCAAGGGAGAAGUAGGCCAGACGGGAGCAACAGGUCCCAGAGGGCCGGUCGGAGUUGGGGUACAAGGCCCAAAGGGGGAGCCAGGCUCAAUAGGGCUCCCGGGACAACCGGGAGUCCCAGGAGAGGAUGGCGCUGCAGGAAAGAAGGGAGAAGCAGGGCUUCCGGGAACGAGAGGCCCGGAAGGACCGCCUGGGAAAGGACAACCUGGCCCCAAGGGUGAUGAAGGGAAGAAAGGGAGCAAAGGAAAUCAAGGACAGAGGGGAUUUCCAGGGCCUGAAGGGCCAAAGGGUGAACCAGGGAUUAUGGGCCCUUUUGGGAUGCCCGGAGCAUCAAUUCCUGGACCACCUGGGCCAAAGGGAGACAGGGGAGGACCUGGGGUGCCUGGAUUUAAAGGAGAACCGGGGAUUGCUAUUCGAGGACCAAAGGGUGCCCAAGGACCUCGGGGACCAGUGGGUGCCCCAGGACUCAAAGGUGAUGGCUAUCCUGGUGUGGCUGGACCUCGGGGACUACCAGGACCACCUGGACCGAUGGGUUUGCGUGGCGUGGGGGACACUGGCGCAAAGGGAGAGCCUGGUGUCAGAGGCCCUCCAGGACCCUCUGGGCCUCGGGGCAUAGGAACCCAGGGGCCAAAGGGAGCUAUUGGACAGAAAGGCCUGCCUGGCCCCCCUGGCCCCCCUGGCUACGGAUUACAAGGAAUUAAAGGGGAGCAAGGACCUCAAGGCUUUCCGGGGCCAAAGGGCAUGACAGGCCAUGGCCUCCCAGGCCAGAAGGGAGAGCAUGGAGAACGGGGCGCUGUGGGAAAGAAAGGUGAUAAAGGGGAAAUUGGGGAGCCCGGAUCCGCAGGAAAACAGGGGUUACAAGGACCAAAGGGAGACGCAGGACUUACAAAAGAAGAAAUUAUCAAAAUUAUUUUUGAGAUAUGUGGUUGUGGGCCCAAAUGCAAAGAGACUCCUCUAGAACUGCUGUUUGUGAUUGACAGCUCAGAAAGUGUGGGGCUGGAGAACUUCCAGAUCAUCAAAAAUCUUGUGAAGACUCUGUCUGACCAGGUUGCUCUGGACCUUGCUACGGCCCGCAUAGGCAUAAUCAACUAUAGCCAUAAGGUCGAGAAGGUGGCUCAUUUGACACAGUUCUCCAACAAGGAUGCCUUCAAGCUGGCUGUGGACAAUAUGCAGUAUCUGGGGGAAGGCACCUACACAGCCACAGCUCUCCAUGAAGCUAACCACAUGUUUGAAGCCGCAAGGCCAGGUGUAAAGAAGGUGGCCUUGGUCAUCACUGAUGGGCAGACAGAUACUCGAGAUGAAAAGAAUCUGACAGAGGUGGUGAAGAAAGCCAGUGACAUCAAUGUGGAAAUAUUUGUGAUUGGGGUAGUGAAGAAAAAUGACCCCAACUUUGAAAUGUUCCACAAAGAAAUGAAUCUAAUUGCUACUGACCCAGAUAGUGAGCAUGUUUAUCAGUUUGAUGACUUCAUUACCCUGCAAGACACCCUGAAGCAAAAAGUGUUUAAAAAGAAGUGUGAGGAUUUUGAUUCCUACCUCAUUCAAGUUUUGGGUUCUCCAUCACUUCAACCUGGAUUGGGGAUACCGGAGGAAGAACUUGGUGAAUCUACUCCAGAGCCUCAGGAAGAAAUUUCAGAGUCCGUCAUUGUCUCUGAAGCCCAGGACAAAGAGAAAGAGCCUAACUGGGCUGAUGGACUGAUUACCACUCCUUCACCCGAGGCUGCUACCAUCCAGGAGCCAUUGCUCAGCCUCCCUGAGGAUGGGGAAGAGGGUCUGGAAACAAGAAUUCCAAGUCCCAUUUUGAACCUACAGCCAGAAAAGUUGGGGCACAAAGAUCCUAGAUGCUUGGAACCGCUAAAGCCAGGAAACUGUGGCGAAUAUGUAGUUCGAUGGUAUUAUGACAAACAGGUCAACUCCUGCGCCCGCUUUUGGUUCAGCGGCUGUAAUGGCUCAGGAAAUAGAUUCAACAGUGAAAAUGAGUGUCAAGAAACCUGCAUUCAAGGAUGAGUAAGCCUGUGACCCUCAUUCGAGUUUGGAGGUACAAAACAGAGCACUCAAGGAAGAGGAAGCUGAAAG